AUGGUGCGGCUGCGGUUCUCCCUGUUCCAGGCGGUGCUCGGCGCGUUGCUCCUGGUGGCCGCUCUCCAGCUCCUCUACCUGGCGCUGCUCUCGGGGAUCCACGGCCGCCAACAGCGGCGCCGCUACUCGCAGCUCUUCGAGGCCCGGGGCCGGGGCCCGGGGCCGGGGCCGGGGGCCGGGGGCUGGCGGCUGCCCGCCGACGCCGGGCUGGAUGCCAGCGGCCGCUACCGGCUGUACCGGGACGUCAGCCGGAGCCCGGUGGCCGCCCGGGCGGCCCGGAGCCCCGGCCUGGAGCUGAGCCUGGCCACCCACAGCUCGGUGCACAACCUGCACCAGCUGCCGGCCCUGGUGCGGCGCUGGCAGGGCCCGCUGGCCGUGGCCGUCUUCGCCCCGGCCGGGGAGCUGCUGCCGGCGCUGCUGGCCCUGCGGAGACUGGAGUUAUACUGCCCGGGGCUGCGCGACACGGUCACCUUCACCCUGGUCACCCCCAGCCGGCUCCGCCUGCCCCCUUACCCCCCGGGGGGGCUGGACGGGGAGCAGGACGAGGCCGAGGCCCACUGGGACCCCGGGCUGGAUUCGGACAGCGAGCCCGAGCCUCACCCGCCCUGCCGGCGGGCCCUGGCCCCCCUGCACCGCCUCCGGCUCCAGCGCCGGAACUACGCCCUGGGCAACGCCUCCUACCCCAACAACCUGCUCCGCAACGCGGCCCGGGCGGCGCUGGCCUCCCGCUACGUCCUCCUCAUCGACAUGGACAUGCUGCCCAGCGGGGGGCUGCACGCCCACUUCCUGGAGCUCAUGUCCAGCCCGCGGGGUGCCCCCCCCGCCGCCGACCGCACCCUCUUCGUCCUCCCCGCCCUGGAGAUCCGCCACAGCCGCCGCCUGCCCUGGGACAAGGCUGAGCUCCAGCGCCUCUACCAGGUGGCCGAGGUGCGGCCCUUCUACUCCGAGCUCUGCCCUCGCUGCCAGGCCCCCACCAACUACAGCCGCUGGAUCAACCUGCCCGCCGGCGGGCCGGGCCUCCGAGUGGCCUACACCCAGCCCUGGACCGACCCCUGGGAGCCCUUCUACAUCUCCCGGGCCACCGUGCCCCCCUAUGACGAGAGGUUCGAGCAGUACGGCUUCAACCGCAUCAGCCAGGCGUGUGAACUCCAUGUUGCUGGCUAUACCUUUGCAGUGCUGGAUAACGCAUUCCUCAUCCACAAGGGCUUCAAACUGGCCAGCGAGUUCCACCCGCAGAAAGACGAGGAGAACAGGCGCAACAGAAUCCUCUUCCGACAGUUUAAGCAGGAGCUGAAGCUGAAAUACCCCGACUCGCCUCGCCGCUGCUGAAGUCACCUCCUACCCAGUCCCCCAGAUGAUGGUGCCUCUAAGGGUGGGGGUAAGGGGAAGAAGCAGAGAGAGCUACCCCUGCACCCUCAUUCCAAGAGGUUGGACAUGAGCUUUGUGGCUAUUUGCAGGGUAGAUGAUUAACCGGAGGAUUGAAGCUUUUUUGUCUUUGGACAUCUGCCCUUUCCGCUGGGUGUUUCUGGAUUGGAAGGGGCAACAAAUCUAUCAGUAAGGUCUGUUGCUAGGUAACACUAGGAUGCAGUACUGGUGGGGACCAGUCUGUCACUAUAACACUAGGGUACAGUACUUGUGGGGGUGGGCAUUACAUAACACUGGUACAGGUCUGCCAGUAUAGUACUGCUGGGGAUAGGUCUGUCACUGUAUAACACUGGGAUACAGUACUGGUGGGGACAGGUCUGUCACUGUAUAACACUGGGAUACAGUACUGGUGGGGAUGGGUUUGUCACUGUAUAACACUGGGGUACAGUACUGGUGGGGACAGGUGUGUUACUGUAUAACACGGUUACAGUACUGGUGGGGAUGGGUUCGUCUCUAACCUGGGUAAUAUCACCCCCAUAUCCCAUUGCUGUGGGGUAAGCUCUAGGAGCUGACGUCCCUGUGUUGGUGCUAUUGCCUCAUGUAUGGAGCAUCACUUUGCCAAAAUGUCCAUUGUCAGUAUUUUGUUAUGGCUGCAACACCAGGAUUACUGGAACCAUUCAGUCCAAGGACCCUGCCAGGCUGUGAUUAUCAUGUGGGUUGAAAGAUGAAAGGAUCAUGUACAUGUUUGUAUAUUUUGUAGUGUGAACUUUUAAAAUGGAAUAAAUUAAUUUUUAAAUUAUGAAAA